AUGGCACCAAUUGCGCUGGCCCUCAUCCUGGGUUGGUGUCUGGCGGCAGCGAGCAGGGCACAGCAGCUGCCCCGACACUCCCUGUCACUGCAUCCCAGCCAGGGGGUGUCCGUGGGGGACACUGUCACCCUGCGGUGCCACCUGCCCCGGCUGGCUGCCCGGGUUGAGCUCUACCAGGGAGGACGCUGGAGAUCUGUCAUGGACAAGAAGGAGGACAUGGCUGAGUUCUCCUUGGUUAGCACUGAGCAGGAAGAUGCAGGAACAUACCGGUGCAAGUAUCGUGUGUCCAUGGAGCCACCAUGGACAUCAAGGCUGAGUGACCCUGUGGAGCUGGUUAUCACAGGUGAGGUCACUGGGGAAAAUAAGUGCACCGGGGCUGUUUCCUCAGGGCCAUUUCCCAUCGCUCCCCACUCACUGCACACAGAUCGCAUGUUCCCCCCACCCGGUAUUUCCCUGCACCCUGAAAAGCCAGUGAGGCUGGGGACCAACGUCACCAUCCGCUGCUGGAACAACUGUAAUGGGACCACCUUCCUGCACAAGGAUGGCUGCUCAGUCCCUAUCCAGCACCAGGACCCUGAUGGUGGGGGCACGGCCACCUUCACCCUCUUUGGGGUGACCCCAGCUGAUGCCGGCACCUAUAGGUGCUCCUACCGCCCCAAGGGUUAUUACCCCUUUCUUUCCUCACCCCUUGGGAACAACGUGACACUGGAGAUGGAAUCCACACCUGCUCCUCCUGGUGCUGAGGGGACGUCCUACAGGAACUUUGUGGUGGCGGUGGUGAGGGGAUGCGCUGCUGCCCUUGUCUUCGCUCUCGGCCUCUACUUCAUCCUCGAUGCCCGCAGCCUCUGGAUACAGAGAGAUGUGAGAUCUGGUGCCCCCCAGUGACGAGAAGGGUCAGACCCACACUGAGUUGCAUACUGCGACCUGCAGGAUUUGGACUCUGUGCACCCGUCGUGCCCUAAUCCCCUGUUAUCUGUGCUGAGUUGGGCACUGGCAGCUCUGCUCAUGCCCUCCACCUCAGGUGCCACAUUUUCCGGCAGCACUGAGGUGGACUUAACUCAUAUUCCCUGCCUGGGACUCCCUCAUGUGCUGACUCCCAACUCCCCCCAAAUCCAGUACAUCCAAGUCCUCAUUCCUGCACCUGAUGUCCAUCUCAAUCCCAUCCUUCAAUGCUCAUCUCUGACUCCAAAUUCCAUUCUGAUCCACCUUGAAUCCCAUAAUGGCCCUUAACCAUAAUCCCUCCCAAUGCAACCCACAAUCCCAGCAAGUGCCCACAAACCCCACACCACGUGUCAUCGA